CCAACUCUCUAUUUUCUACUCUUAUCUCUUUAUGCAAAAUUGCAUUGGGAUGGAGUCUCUCCAUCCGUUUUCACACUAUAAUUACUAUAUAGUGUAUGAUAAGUCAAGUCUCUCCAUUUGAUUGGUUUUUAUUUUUCUUUUCCUGGAAAAUCCCAUUUGAUCAUUUCUUCUUAUUGUGCUUUUCUAUAUUUUCUGAUAUCCCAGCACCCUCUACGACUCUAAUCUUUGCUUCUAGUUCCUCUUGGUUAUGGAGAAUCAAGAUCGCGGAAACUAUCACUCCCCAGUUGACGCAAAGAUCAUGGAACGGCGUCGUUCGGAGAAAAGUAUUGGAGGAACAGGAGCGUGCAUUAGAUCUGAAGACGAAAUAUUUUCCGAUGCGGUGACGGAACUUCAAGACACCGGGUUCGAUUUGGAUGCCGAUAAUACCGGUGAAGUCAACAAGUUUGCCGACAAGGAUCUUACGCCCGCCGUUUCUUUUAAAGAUUGUGAGGAUAUUGGCAUCCUUAGAUCACCUCUGAAUUCAGCUGAUGGAGGCCAAAUGGAAAAUCCGGUUCUGAAAAGCAUGCCGGUUCUCCUGACAGACAGGCCUGAGCACGAUGAUGUUGACUUGAGCUAUGGUAACGAUUCUGAAGAUAAAGAUGGUUCUGCUGGUGAUGUGGUCUCGAUCAAAAUGGAAACAGUACAGGGUGUCCUGCAAGAGACUAGGGAAGCUGGUGCUGAUGCCGAUGAGAAUGAAAACGGCAAGUUAGACGAAAACCUAUCAAGUCACUCGGUUCAGCCUAGCAAACAUGGUGGCGAAAUAUCGGGAACAGAAUCAAGUUUGGAGAAAAGACUGGAUGUAGCUUCAGAUAUGGUUCAAUUGAAGGAAGAGUGUAGUGAUAGGUUGUCUUCUGAUACACCUAUGAGCGGAAAUCUAAUGGAUGCAAGUUUGAAAUCCAAAAGUACGGAGGAUUUAACUUCUGAGACUGGUUUGGCUGACAAAACCGUUGAAUUAGAGGAUAAUAGUGACAAGUUGGCCCUCAACGUGGUCGUUGAUGAUCUUUCGACUAAAGCCGAGUUCUCGAAAGACACUAAUGUGCCAACAGAUACCUUUGAAAUACAGACUGAUGCAUCACACGGUACAGACUCGUCCAUUGAUGUUGAUUCAAAUGAGGUUGAUGAAAAAAGGGAAAAGGAAAAAGAAAGUGUUUAUGUGCUUUCCGUUCCCGAUGAUAUUCAUGUUGUAGAUGAUGCUGAAAUUAAGCUAGUUGGUUUUAAAGAUCAUAAGGGAAUUAAUUUAUUCCAAUCCGAAGCCUUAGCCUCUGAAGAAAUUAUCCUUGAUAAGGAAGAUGAAAUCAAAGACUGUGCUUCACAGGAGAAAUCCGAUACUUUUGUGUUGAAUCCAGUGGAUGAAGACAUCGUUACGGAGGAUAACUAUAAACUUGGUGUAAAUAAUGAAGCUAUGGCUAAAGAAGUGGUCUUUGUCGGGAAUGCUGAUGCAAUUCAGAUCGAUAAAGGGUCAGAUGCAUUGUCUCGUGUUGAUGCUGUUACAACUGAGAAUGAGGACCGGGAAGUUUGGUUUCUCGAAGAACAGAAGUCGGUUUAUGUUGCUGGUGAUUUACAUAAAGGGUCUGAUGCAUUUUCUCCUGUUGAUGCUGGACAACUGGGAAUGAGAAAGAUCUGGAAGUCCGAUCUCUCAAAGAACAACAGCCAAUUUAUGUUGCCGAUGACUUACAUCGGACAGGUUUUCCAGGAAGCAUGAUAAAUGAUGUACCCGAUGCGAAACCUGUGGUUACAGAUGCUGAUGUUGGGGCCGGAAAGCUAA